CUUUUAUGUGGAGGUUUUUAAUUAGACAAUUUAAGCAAGAGUUGAAUUAGUUUCGCAAUAGUUUUAAAUGCAGUUUAUGCAAAACACUCUACUGUAAUCCAAGUGGCUGCCUAUUGUAAAAAAAUGAUUACAUGAAAGAUAUCGGAUCCAAAAAAUAGAAUCUAAAAGGAGAAGCUGUAGCACAGGAAAUAUGGUUAAAGUAAAAAGAGGCAAAGAAAUGGCAUGGAAGAAGUAUUCCAAAAUGGCUCUUUCAUCAAGCCCUAUUAUCCAAAGAUCUUUUAGACAUAACGAACCUGAAAAAGAAUCAGAAUUCGUAAGUGACUCUAGAAUUGGAAUAAUUACCGAAGAAAUAUCUGACGGAUGCAUUGAAUGUGAUAGUGUGACAGCAAUGAGUGAGACACAUGUAUUGAAUGAAAAUAAAAAAGUGGACCAAGAAAGUGCAUCUCAACCAAGACCUGCCUCUCUAGAAAUUAAAGAUUGGUUGAUUGUCAAUAGUGUUUCUCGCCUUUGCAGAGGGAAAGAAUUAUUCAUCUUCGGUUUUGUUGUGACUCUUACUCUGCUAUGCAUUCAACUCACUUUGCUUAGAAAAUCUAUUCCUGAAGUUGGAACAAAACAGAUGGAAGACUUUAAUAACAAAUUAAGAACGGAAAAUGAAAACUUUAAAAGAGAAUUUUUAGCUGAAAUUCAUGACCUUGGAACAGAGCAGAUGGCAGACAUUGUCAGCAGGUUAAGAGCGGAAAAUGAAAACUUUAAAAGUGGAGUUUUAGCUAAAAUAAGAGAUAUUGAUGAAGGACUCAAAAAUGCGUUCGAAAGUCAUCUAAAUGCAUUCCAUAAUAAAUUGUUAAAAGAACUGAAGAGAAGAGACCAGACGUUGCAUCUCGAUGAAGUUCCAAUCUCGGGUGAAGGCGAUGGAAAGGAAUCUUUAGUGGAUGAUAAAGGAGAGGAAACUACGAAUGAGGGAAAAGAAAAAGGUGGUUGGUUAGAAACAAUAAAAAAUGUCAUACUAUGGCUGUCACUUGUACCAACGCUUCACUUUUUUAGCGUCUUUUUUUUUGUUGUUUUUAGUGUAUUGCGAGAAGAACGCCGUAAACGAAACGAAGAACGAAGACUAUUCUAAAAUCGAAAAAAAAAUCUAUAUUAAUUAGGCAGUAGAUAUCUUCAACUUACAACGGAAUUUCCCCUAAUCACCGAAGAAUGUUCCUUUGUAAGUUUAACGAAAAUUAUUUCAUUUUAUUAAAAUACAAGAUUAAUUAAUAUGCGAUCAAAUAAGAACUGUAUAUUUUUAAAUUUGAAAUUGAAAUAAAACUGUAUAAUUCCUCA